GGAUUGAAUUUCUCAAAUAACGAGCACAGGUGGCCGGAGGAAGGGGGAGGGUGAGCUGGCGGGUCGCAAGUCGGAGGGCGAGUUUUGAGUUGAGCAGAACACGCGGAGGAAUGACUGAAAGAGGAAGAAGCAAGGAAGAGACAAGAGACGAAGGGGUGAACGCUGGGCGUGUAGCCACGUCAUACAUGAGUGGGUGCAGCUACAGUGGUCACCAUUCCCGUACCCUCGUACCCGAUACGAUACUAGGAACAUAGUCUUUUUUCUUACGUACUUGCUGAUAUAAUUCUACAGAUUCGAAAAGAGGAAAGAACGUACUCGUUCCUGAAGGAAUCCAUGUCAGCUGCUGCACUCUCUCAGUGCGCGCCUUUUCUCCUCUCUCAGUGCGCGUCGUGGGGUUAUUUCGCACGUUUUUGAAAUAAUCGUGGGGCGCGCCUUGUUCUUGCAAAUGCGCGCUUUUCAAUCAUCGUUCGCGCGUGCGCGCCCUCUUGCAAUUGUCCACACGCGGCUUCUCGCCAUUGGCCGCCUUAUGUAAUUGGCUGCCUUUAUGCCCGACCCCCCUGCGGAAUGCACCACCUCUACUCUCCUCUCUUCGGCGGUUGGUUCCCGAUUCCCUACAAUCAGAAGGGUACGCGGCGUUCUGUCUAUACCCUCUGAAUUCCCCUUUUCUUGUGGGUGUGUUCAAGGAGCAGCUUAACGCGCGCAGGUCAUCGAUCUCCGCGCGCUUUUCUGAUACGCAGCGUCCUUCCUUAGUUUACUGUCUGAAUUCCCCUUCCCCUUUUCUCGUGGGUGGAGCAGCAGCUUAGCGCGCGGGUCAUCGAUCUCCGCGCGCUUUUCUGCUCGUCUUCGUUCUUACUGAAAGCUAACGCACCCCGUCAUGUCGGCCUGAGUUCAAACACGUUUGUCCACGUCAGCUCGAUCCCGUCGCUUCUUCUUUCAUCAAAUUGAUUUCGUCCUUCUCUCUAGAGAGCAUCUCUAGAGAGCAUUUCCCGCCGGACUACUUCAGCCCCCUAUUUUCGAAAACUACUGGGCAGCCAUUUCAGAUUUCAGCCCCCGCCUUUUCCUUUCGGAGCGAUUGGGGCAUUUUUUGCCAAACCCCGCCUCCCUGGCGGUAACUGGCUCGCGCUCUCCGCCGCCUUUCCGCCGAACCCGCCUUCUCCUCUUUGAUUGCUUUUGGUCGCGGCGCCCUGCUUUUGCGAGCGCGGAUUUUUCUUCUUGACGACUGAUUGAUUGCUUCGCGCACUUUUUUUUAACACCUCCGCGAGAGCUCGAGUCCUGCCAGAUGUCGUACGCGUAUCUAUUCAAGUACAUUAUUAUUGGCGACACAGGGGUUGGGAAAUCAUGCCUGCUCUUGCAGUUCACCGAUAAGCGGUUCCAGCCGGUCCAUGACCUAACGAUUGGUGUGGAGUUCGGAGCGCGCAUGAUUACCAUCGACAACAAGGCAAUAAAGUUGCAGAUAUGGGACACGGCAGGGCAGGAGUCGUUCAGGUCGAUCACACGAGCGUACUAUAGAGGAGCAGCAGGAGCGCUGCUUGUGUACGACAUAUCUAGACGAGAAACGUUCAAUCAUCUCGCGAGUUGGUUGGAAGACGCGCGGCAGCAUGCGAAUUCAAACAUGACGAUUAUGUUGAUUGGAAACAAGUGUGACCUGCAGCACAGGAGGGCGGUGAGCACAGAGGAGGGGGAAACGUUCGCGAGAGAGAAUGGGUUGUUCUUCAUGGAGACGUCAGCAAAGACAGCGCAAAACGUGGAGGAGGCAUUCACUCAGACUGCAAAACAAAUCUACAAGAAGAUUGAAGAUGGCGUUUUCGACGUAUCGAACGAAUCGUUUGGAAUCAAGGUUGGUUAUGGACCCGGCAGCGUUGGAGGGCCCGGAGGCAGGGGUGACGCGUCGGCCUCCAGAAGCAGCUGUUGUGGUUAAAGCAUGGAGGAUGCGUUCGACGAUGGACGGAGUUAGUAAGGGGGCGCACACACACACACACACACAGACACACACACACACACACACACACACACACACACACACACACACACACACACAGAGAGAGAGAGAGAGAGAGAGAGAGAGAGAGAGAGAGAGAGAGAGAGAGAGAGAGAGAGAGAGAGAGGAAUGCCCUUGGGGUGUUAUGGAAAGUGAAUAGACGGGAAAUAGAGAAAGGGGAUGGAGGAAAUUCUGACGUCGCUGGGUCAAGAAGCAGUUGCCGUGUAUCAGAGGUAUAUGAAGGACUAGGUGCUGGAGAAAGGGAUAAGGGGCAAAGAGAGAGAGAGAGAGAGAGAGAGAGAGAGAGAGAUAGAUUGGGCGUCCUGUAACGAGGCGAGUGAAGGGAGGCGGUGGUAUUAAUCUGAGGGCCCCAGCGACGGUAGGGUGAUGGCUCAACUGACCGCGGAUGCUAGUGCUGCUGUUGGACCAGGACGAUGAUUUGUUUGGACGAUGCCGAGAGCGAUCGAAGGGAGUGGGAGAGCGGGAGCGUUUGGGUGCUUAUACCCGGCGGCAAGCGAGGGACCUGAGCCUUGUUGCGGAAGAGAGAAUGGAAGGUGAAACGCACAAAGUCAGCGCAGGGGUCACGACACCCCCGGUUCAUGAGAGAGAGAGGCACCCGCUGUAGCUGGACCAGGAUGAAGUCUGUCUUAUGUGAGUGGGAGGUAGAGCAUUUGGUCAGAACGUGCCGGUUUGUGAUGCCUACAAACUUGGUUUCGAAGAUAGACGGGGGAAGAUGGGCACAGGGAUGAGUUGUUAGCACAUGAUGGGCUCGUCUACAUGUUGGCUUGUGGCAAGUUGGAGGAAAAGCUUGUUGGGCCGUGGCGGGAAAGCUCGUUAAGCCGAGGCGGGAAAGUUUGUGGUGCUGUGGCGGGAAAGCUUGCUGGGUGUACUGCUGGGAGGAAAAGCUCGAUGAGCCGAGGCGGGAAAGUUUGUCGUGCUGUGGCGGGAAAGCUUGCUGGGUACUGCUGGAAGGAAAAGCUCGUUGACCCGAGGCGGGAAAGUUUGUCGUGCUGUGGCGGGAAAGCUUUGGUACUGCUGGAAGGAAAAGCUCGUUGACCCGAGGCGGGAAAGUUUGUCGUGCUGUGGCGGGAAAGCUUGCUGGGUUCUGCUGGGAGAGUUUGUAGGGGUAUGGCGGGAGAGCAUGUUGGAUUUGGGCGGGAAAGGUUGUUAGGCUAUUAUGGCGGGUAGGCGGAAACUGCGGGCGGGCGCGGCAAGAGGCUCUCACCUUGUGAAGGCGAUUAAGGUGGAGAUGUUUUGCUUGAGUGUUGGGGUUGCGGAGGUGGAAUUCGAAUCGGUAUCUGGUCUAAUAGCGGGGGAAGGGGAAGAGUGAAGGACGUGGGAAAAGGAGCCGCGGGGGGUGGUGAUGACAGGGUGGUAUUACAGCACCUGUCGCAGUGGGAGUGAGAACGCGAUGGAUGGACUUAUGUGGAGUUGGAAGGAUGUUGCCGCUCGGAGUCGGUGCGUGAAAUGCGUAAGAACCAGCUUGCGCAGAUGAUGACACAUUUGGUGGCGACAGGGUGGUUAUUACAGCACCUGCUGCGGUGGGAGUGGGAAAGGCAUGGAUGGAUUUAUGUGGAGUUGGGAAGGAUAUUGACGGUCGGUCGGAGUUGGUGCGUGGAAAUAAAUGCGUAGGAACCAGCUCUUUGUGUAGAUGAUGACAGGUUUGGUGGUACAGGAGGUGGUGCGUACGAACUGAUUGGUGAUUUACGAAGUAGUUGUGGAUAGGUGAUUAGUAGUCGAGCGUAAUGAGCAUAACACGAG